AUGGAUUUCGGUCACAAAAAUGAGACUGAAAUUGAAAAUAGUGAAAAUUAUGAAAUUCAAAGCACAGAAGAAACUGAAUUAAUCUAUACUUGUCCAGAUGAAAGAAGUGAAAAGAAUCAUGUUUGUUGUCUUCUCAAUAUCAGUGACGUUACACUUGAACAAGAUAGAACAGCCAAAGAGUUUGUCAUUGGAACUGGAUGGGAAGAAGCAGUCCGAGGCUGGGGACAGAUUUCUCCAACUGCCUGCAUCUGGCCCAGGAAGAAGCUUAAGAAGGCGAGGGUGGGAGAAAGUGCCAGCAGCUGCUUACUCUGUGUCAAUCUCUCCCAUGGGAGCCUGGAGGCCAGGCUUCAUUCGGAGGCAGGGAAGUUGGAGUCUGGGGCUUCAGCUCCAGCUCCAGCUGAGGCAGGCCCAGAGAAGGAUGGAGGCAGCCUAUCCCAGACCCCGGGCACCCCCCCAGGCCCCACUACCACCUCCAGGGAAGUUAGCAAAAUCUGCUUUCCCGCCUACAGUCAGGGAGAGAAGAAAAGUCUGCAAAUAAAGGAGUUCAUUUGGUGCCUGGAAGACUGGGCCACCCCGGAGACUGUUAGGGGCAAGGACCCCAGAAGGCCCUGGAGGGGCACUGACAGAAUUCUCCCCUCCUCAGACUCCCUGACUUCCAACGCCCUUUUAGUCCUCCCUCCUUUGAAGUCUUCGCCCCCAGAUGGCUUGGAUGUUCUGGGUAAGAAGACUAAGAACUUUUUCUUGCGGCCAGAAGAGAAGGGGCUGAGUGUGGAAAAGGAUGAGUGUGUGGCUUAUGCCUAUGGAGUGAAAGCCGUUGACGGGGCCGGCGAAAAGCAGCCCACUGAGCUGGCCAGGCACCACAAAGUCAAGGACACGCAGCCUUUCCUCACCCCGGUGGCCCGGAUGCCCCUGCUGGCCGAGCCUGAGCCCUGCUGCCUGCACUGGUCCCUCCUGCCUGAGAAAAACCUGCUGUGCCCUCCCUGCUAUCUCGCCACCUUCCAGCUUUUGCAGAAACAAGGAGCGAGAAAGUACAAAGCCAGACUCAAAGCCAGGGAGCCCAGGCCUCCCAUGAAAGCCCCAAAGCGCGUCCUCACAGAGGCCAAGCAGGAAAACAGGCCCCGAAUGUUGGAGACCAAAGUGUUCUCAAGACCGCUCUUGCCAUCCCUCACAGUGAGCAGAGUUGUUAUUCCCAUUUCCACUCACAGACUCCUUUGA